CGACUAACCUGGAGACGAUGGGUAAGCAGCAGCUGGAGAGCCUGACUCAGAAACACGAGACAGAGCUACAGGAGACCAUCGACACCAUCCAGCAAUGGGAGACAAGGCAGAAGGAGCAAGAAGAGGCUCACAAAAAAGAACUAGAAGACCUGACGCAGAAGUUCCGUGCCAAGCUGGAACAGUUCCGAGACCAGCACAACACCACCGUGGCCCAGCUUAAGGAGACUCACCAGAAAGAUCUAACAGAGAAGGUUUGUAUAUUUUACGGAUAA